UGCUGCGAGUUGUGAAUGGGGGGGGUGCAUGCAGUUGAAGCUGGGAGUUAGACUGGAGGAGCCAGGAAGUAAGUUCGAGUUCACUUUUUUUUUUUGCCGACGAGAGACUUAAAAAACCAGAGCAGCUCGCUGGGUAGACGGGAAGACACGUUGAAAUCUGGGGAAGCCGAGUGAAGGAAGGAAACAGAUUCACGUGGAGACCGAAGAGUGACGUAUUACUAAACGAUUUGGAGGGGGAAAGGAUUGGGAGCCUUAGCGAAUAUACAGCCGGAUCACUAGCAGGGCUGGACUGUAUUGCCGUGCAGUUCACUCAUCCUCAGUCACACGCACACACUAGCGAAUACCUGCGCAAAACCGGAGGGGAGAGCGAGGAAAAGGCUGACCGAGUCCUCGAUUGGGAGUGCUGUUGCUUUUUCUUAAAGAAGACGGAAGAAGGGUUACAAAAGAUGCCACGGGUCGUCCCCGAUCAAAGAAGCAAAUUUGAGAACGAGGAGUUCUUCAGGAAACUGAGCAGAGAGUGUGAGAUCAAAUAUACGGGAUUCAGAGAUCGCCCACACGAAGAGAGGCAAGCUAGGUUUCAGAAUGCUUGUCGCGAAGGACGGUCAGAGAUAGCUUUUGUGGCGACAGGAACCAAUCUGUCUUUGCAGUUUUUUCCUGCAAACUUGCACGGGGAGCAGAGGCAAACACCAACCAGAGAAUAUGUGGAUUUCGAGAGGGAGACCAGCAAGGUUCACCUCAACGCCCCCAUGAUCCUGAACGGGGUCUGUGUGUUCUGGAAGGGCUGGAUCGACCUGCAGAGACUGGAUGGUAUGGGCGUCCUGGAGUUUGAUGAAGAAAGAGCACAGCAAGAGGAUACUGUAGUGCAGCAGGCCUUCGACGAGCAGAGGAGAAGGACUCGAGACUUUGAUGACAGAGACCGGUCUCAUCGGGAGGACUUGGAGGACCUGGUUGGAUCAAAAACCUGGACUGUUGAUGGCUCUCAAGGAUCAGGGCAAGGCGACAGCAGGACCCGAGUCCUGGAUCCAACAUGGGAAGCGGAGACGACCUCAAACUUCGCUGAUCGCUGCUGAGAGCGGUGGGGCUGUGGGGUGUGGGGCUGUGUGCGUAGAUGUUUACAGAGGACCAAAGUUGAGAGAGGGCUGGAGGGAUUCCACUAGCCCUUCUCCUGGCCUGUGGCAGGGGGAGUGUCUCUCCUUCUGCCAGGGUUUUGCACUAUGUUUGUGUUACAGUACCCACAUUGCCGACCGCGUGCAUGUACCUAGUAGCACCUCUGCAUGUCAGUUUUGUUUCCUAUGCAAGCUUAUUUAAUUUUUUUUUUUUUUAAAUUGGCACUGUUUGUAAUUAAAAAAAAAAAAAAGUUUCCAGGUCAGGACGUUUACUUUUGUUUUGUUUUUUUCUUGUUUUUUUCUUGUUUUUUUUAUAUACAGGUCAAAUGCUGUCCUGAAUUAAUGACAUGAGUUGUAUGUUUCUCUAAAUCUUGGGGAGCCGUUGCUUUCCUAUGCAUUGCUUUGUUGGUUAUCUUUGUGAUUCUGUGCUUUGGAUUUCUGUUCAGGUUAUUUCUCAGCCUUGGUUUUCCAACUCUUCUCAUUUUUAAAAACAUGUCCAAAAGACUUGUUUUUAAAAGUGAUCCCAGCAGCACAAAGCCAAAAACAAGUCACUGCGUCUGACAGGGCGUGCUCAACACUUCAGAACUUCACUGUGUCUGACAGGGUGUGCUCAACACUUCAGAACUUCACUGUGUCUGACAGGGCCUGCUCAACACUUCAGAACUUCACUGUGUCUGACAGGGUGUGCUCAACACUUCAGAACUUCACUGUGUCUGACAGGGUGUGCUCAACACUUGAACUUCACUGUGUCUGACAGGGCCUGCUCAACACUUCAGAACUUCACUGUGUCUGACAGGGCGUGCUCAACACUUGAGAACUUCACUGUGUCUGACAGGGCAUGCUCAACACUUCAGAACUUCACUGUGUCUGACAGGGCCUGCUCAACACUUGAGAACUUCACUGUGUCUGACAGGGCCUGCUCAACACUUCAGAACUUCACUGUGUCUGACAGGGUGUGCUCAACUCUUGAGAACUUCACUGUGUCUGACAGGGCCUGCUCAACACUUGAGAACUUCACUGUGUCUGACAGGGCCUGCUCAACACUUCAGAACUUCACUGUGUCUGACAGGGCCUGCUCAACACGUAGUAGAAUGUUUUAAUACAAAGCGCCAGGGAGCAUUAGGUAAUCAUUGACGUUUAAAAGGGAAUUUUUAAUAAGCCUUCUACUGUUUACUGCAUCAAAACUUUAGUGUAGCGUUUUGACGAAAUUGAAAAAGAUUUUGUCAAAACAUUUCUCAUUGAAUUUAUAAAGUUGCUUUUAGUAUUUCUAAAUUCAUACAGUUAUGGGUGGUUUUAUUCUAUUAGAAAUAACGAUGAGUCCAUUGUUUUAGUUGGAUUUCUUUUCACAUACACUCUCUAUACCUCUCUUGGGUUAUGUAGAAAUCCGCUUUCAUCCCAAUCCUGAUCCAAGUUCACUGAUCACAUAACCCUGCUUCCCUCUCCCACAGUCCCAGAGACUGCACGCUUCGGUACGUUCACCCCAGGGGUACUUCUUUUCUGUAGCUACGUUACAUACAAGUUCAUGAAUGGGUUGUGAAAUAAAUCAAACCGUCUGUAAUCUGCUUCUGCACUUGCAACUCCAUCCAUAACAAAAUGUAAUCGUAAUAAUGCAUCUGUAAUAAAAUACUGUAGAGAUUAAAUACUGUAAUUGUGGCACAUUUGAGGUUCAUCAUUGACUUGCCAACGGUUAUAAAUAUGGUUUAUGUAUGGCAAUGACAUGUGCGUUCAAACGGUUACCCAAAUCGUAUUGAAUUUUGUUUUCAUUAUAUUGACCUCUUGAGCAUGUUCUGGUAUGCCAGUGCUGGACUGAUAGCAUCUUUUAAUGCUGAUGUUAAGACCAGCUUUACUGUCUACUGGUUAGCACGAGACUACCUGUUAUUUUUUUUUUCUUUUAAAGUAAUUAUUUUAAGUUAUUGAUGGAAUUGGAGGCGUAUUGAGGUUUUUUUUUUUAAUUAUAAUUAUUUCUGCAUUAAACAGUUGCUUUUUUUUUUUUUUUUUUUUUUUUUACCGCAGUUGCCUUAAGUUACAAAAUAUUGCUUUUGCUACCUUUUUUUCUGUUACAUCUAAAGUGUUUUUAAGUUUUUGUUUCACUUGUCUUAAUAAACUUUUACCAAACCAA